AUGGUAAGCUGUGACUUUGCAGAGGGGAAGAGUAAGGUGUGGAGCCACUUUACUAAAGACUCCACUGGCGCGAGAUGCAAAAUAUGCAGUGUGCAAGUUAGCCAGGGCUCCAGCACCUGCAAAUCAAAGAAUACCACAAAUUUGUGGCAACACCUAAAACUAAAUCACAAAGAGGUAUUUGAUGAUGCACAGGCUAAAAUGGCACAGGUGAAAGCACCAAAACCACAGCCAGCACAGUGCACGAUUGUGCAAGCGUUUGACAAGGGCACAAAGUGGGCACCAAGUGACCAGAGGUCAAAGGACAUGGACAAACUCAUCAUGGAGAUGAUUGCAACAGAUAUCCUUCCUUAUUCAGUUGUGGAGGGCAUUGGAUUUAAAAGAUUGCUGGCAAAGGCAGAGCAGAGGUAUCAAAUAAAAAGUGAAAAGUAUUACUGUACUCAGCUCAUGUCUGAAAUAUACACAAAAGUUGUAGGGAAGAUCAAAGAACUUCUCUCAGAGGACAAUGCUGGAAACUGCAUUUCCUUCACAACUGACUGCUGGUCUGGGUCCACCAAAGCACUCAUGAGCUUGACUGCUCAUUUCAUAGAUCAACACUGGAAGAGGAUUCAACUUGUACUUAAUGUAAAGGCCAUGUCAGGGUCCCACACAGGGGAGUACAUCAGCCAGGUCUUUCUAACCAUGCUCCAAGAAUGGGAAAUUGACGCAGAGCGUGUCCACUUGGUACUGAGGGACAGUGGCGCCAAUGUUGUGAAAGGCAUGAGGAUGGCACAGAUUCCUGAUCUGAGCUGCACUGCCCACACACUUCAACUGCGCGUCAACAAUGGGCUCAAUGCACAGAGGAUGGUAGGAGACAUGUUGGCCAAAAUGAAAAAGAUUGCCACACAUUUCAACCACUCGGUUGUUGCACAGCAGCGGCUCUCUGCCAUCCAGGAGGAGGGUGGGGUCCCCCGGCAUUCAAUACUCCAGGCUGUGUCAACCAGAUGGAACUCUACGUUGCACAUGCUCAGCAGGAUGUUGGAGCAAAAAAGAGCCAUCACCACCUAUUCCAGUGACCAUGAGCACUUUGUGUGUCCAACAGCAGAGGAGUGGGAUGUGGCAGCCAAUCUGGUCGAGACCCUGACACCACUGGAAGAAGUCAGCAAUGAAUUGAGCAAAGCAGGUGCCUCUGCCUCCUGCAUUAUACCAAACAUCAGUGUGCUGAAGCAGCUGCUCAUGUCAGAGGGGCCUACCAGUCGAGGAAUUCAAACCCUCCGCAAGACCAUGCUGGAGAGCCUGGCAAAACGGUUUGCAAAGGUGAUGGGAUCCAAACAGGUGGUACUCGCAUGUCUGCUCGACCCACGGUACAAGGAGUGCCCUUUGUCAACAAAGACUCUAGCCCAGGCCAAAGCAUGGCUAACUGAAGAUGCAGGCAUCGAGGAUGAAGGAAGCCCCAAAAGAAAGCGAACUGGUAGUUUGCUGGACAGUCUCUUCGAUGAAAUGCUCAGCCCAUCUGGUAAGGAAGAGGCUCCAAAGGGUAUCCUGGAGGAACUGGACACAUACCUGCACGAACCUGUCCUAGAUAGAAGAAGAGGGGACCCACUGAAGUGGUGGAAUGAAAACUCCAAGCGAUUCCAGGGAUUGUCUGUUCAGGCCAGGAGAUACCUCUCAUGCGCUCCUUCCUCUGUGCCAAGCGAGAGGGUGUUCAGCACAAUUGGCAACAUUUAUGACGAUAAGCGGAGCUCCCUCAAAGGAGAGAAUGCAGAAAACCUGUGCUUUCUGCAUUACAACUUGCCGCUUUUAAAUUGGCGGCACUGAUUACAAAACUGCAACACUGGGAGAAGUGCACUAGUUCAUUGUUUACAGUUACAAUUUUACCUUUUUUUGAUUUAUCCAUGUUUACGGUUUGAGAUUUGAGCAAAUUUAUGUUUUUUAUACUAAUUUAUAUUGUAUUCCGGAAAUACAGUUUGCACUAGUUUGUUUGCACAAGUUUGCCUUUACUUAUUUAUCAUUGUUUACAGUUUGGCUUUUGUUAUUUAUUAUUGUUUACAGUUUGCCUUUUGUUAUUUAUUAUUGUGUUUAUCAUUGUUCACAG